AUGGCCGCAGCGGGUCGAAACGAUUGCAGAAUAUACGUAGGCAACCUCCCUCCGGACAUCAGAACGAAAGACAUCCAGGAUUUAUUUUACAAAUUCGGUAAGGUAACGUUUGUGGACCUAAAGAACCGACGCGGGCCUCCAUUUGCAUUCGUCGAAUUCGAAGAUCCAAGGGACGCCGAUGACGCCGUCCACGCCAGAGACGGGUACGACUACGACGGCUACAGGCUCCGGGUGGAGUUUCCUCGAGGAGGCGGCGGGCACGGCUUCAGAGGCGGCCGGGGCGGCGGCGGCGAGAGAGGCAGAGGCUCCAGGGGGCCUCCCGCUCGUCGCUCCCAGUUCAGAGUUCUCGUCACAGGGCUGCCGCCGUCGGGGUCGUGGCAGGACCUGAAAGACCACAUGAGGGAGGCCGGAGACGUGUGUUUUGCUGAUUCCUUCAAAGACGGUUCGGGUGUCGUAGAGUUUUUAAGAUACGAAGACAUGAAGUAUGCGAUUAAGAAGUUGGACGAUUCUAGAUUCAGGUCUCACGAGGGUGAAGUAUCUUACAUUCGCGUAAAAGAAGACAAAGGGGGCAGCGAAAGAAGAUCGGGGGGCAGAUCGAGGUCGAGGUCGUUCUCUCCGCGUAGAAGGGGCUCUCCGACGUACAGCCCUGUCAGAAGGAGCUUCUCUCGAAGCCGUUCACGUUCGUAA